CGCAUAGUACUACUAAACCUCCUAAAGUUUUUAGUAGUCAGCCAAACUAGACAAAGCAUUUAUUAACAAGAAUGAGUAUGAUCCAUGCAAGCUGCAAAUCUAAAAUCUUGAUCACAAAGUAAUUCCCUCUAAUCACACUAAGAACUCUCCAAAUCAUCCAAUUUCAUCAACCCUUUAGUAGUAGCUUUUUGGUAUAUAAAAUGUACAGCAAAUAAACAUUCAUAUCUCAAUUUUUUAUCAAAUGGCUCACAGAAGAAUCCCAUUUUGUUUUCUUCUUCUUCUUGUUCUGGUUUUCUGUGAAGGGUUUUUGUCCGUGACGGCGAAGAAUGAGUAUGUAUCGGCGGUGGGCGAUUCGGGAAUGAGACGGGACAAUCUCCGGUUGGCGAUCGAGUCGUGGAAUCAGUGCAAUGAGGUUGGAGAAGAACCUCUAACUGGCAGCCCAAGAGCUGCUGAUUGCUUUGACAUAUACCAAGCUUCUCCGCAGCCAGAAGGGGAAUCAUGCUCUUGCAACAAGAUGCCGUACGCAUUAGUCCACAGAGUCACAGAGCGAGACAACAAGUUGAAAAUGGGAGAGCCUCUUCUUGGUCUGCGGCAAAAGGCUCAGUUCAACGUAGAUCUUUACGCGGUGGAUAAGGAGCUUUAUUUGGGUUCUAAAUGCCAAGUUGAAGACACCCCAAAUCCAUGGCACUUUUGGAUGAUCAUGCUCAAGAGCGGCAACAUGGACACUUAUGCAGCCAAAUGCCCCAAAAAUGGUCACAAAGUUGGACCCUUUAAACCCGAAGGAAGCGGUUUUCCUUGCUUCGGACAUGGAUGCAUGAACCAGCCUUCUAUUUAUCAUGACUACACCAAUUUGAAGGUGCCUAAUUUGACUCUAAAGGGAAGGUUUUACGGGUCGUGGGAUAAGGAUGCAGAUUUGAGCAGAGGGAUGGUUGGAAACAUUUCUUACCAUUCUGUCACUUGGGAAAAGAAACUUGGAGAGGGGAGUUGGGUUUUCCAUCAUGUCUUGAGGACUUCAGCAAAGUAUCCUUGGCUGAUGCUUUACUUCAGAUCGGACGCCACCCAUGGACUUUCUGGUGGAUACCAUUACCCUACAAGAGGGAUGUCCAAAAUUAUUCCAGAAUCGCCAAAUUUUAAAGUGAGGUUCAUUUUAAAUGUGAUCAAAGGUGGGGGUCCUAGCAGUCAAUUUUAUCUCAUGGACAUUGGGAGUUGUUGGAAGAACAGUGGGAAGCCUUGUGAUGGCGAUGUGACUUCAGAUGUUACUAGAUACAGUGAAAUGAUCAUAAACCCUAACAUAACUUCAUGGUGCCAACCAAACAACCUCAAUGUGUGCCCGCCUUACCACACAUUCCCUAACGGCACACGGAUUCAUCGCAAUGACACCGCCCGCUUCCCUUAUGCCGCCUACCACUUGUACUGCUCGCCGGGGAAUGCGGAGUAUCUCGAGCCUCCUUUUAGUUUAUGUGAUCCGUAUAGUAAUCCUCAACCUCAGGAGAUAAUGCAGAUCUUGCCACACCCGGUUUGGGGUGAGUACGGAUACCCUACAAAGCAAGGGGAGGGUUGGAUUGGGGAUCCAAGAACAUGGGAGCUCGAUGUUGGGAGGUUGUCACAAUCACUUCAUUUUUACCAGGAUCCAGGAACUCCGCCAGCUAGAAGGCAAUGGAUGUCUAUAGAUUUGGGGACUGAAAUUUUCAAGGAUCCAGAUCAAGUUGCUGAGUGGACUGUCAGCGACUUUGACAUCCUUGUCCCUAAGCAAUGAACGCAUAUUUUUGGAAGCCUGAGCAGACACCAGCUAUAGCUUAAGCUUGAAUCCAACGGACUUUUUCGGCACAUAGGCUACCUUGUCAAAAAAAAAAAAAAAAAAAAAAUUCCAAUCAAUUUUGGAAAUUUCGAAAUCCUCGGACCUCCAGUUUUGAUGUUUAAUUAUUUUUUUGGAAAAAUGCUAAAGGCUGAGGUGAUUAGUAGCUUCAUUUUUUUUUUUUCCAGUAAGGAAAUUAAAAUGAAAUGAGCUCAGUCCAAGUUUGUUGCUCAUGGCAAUCUAAGAAAUGUGAAAUGAAGCAUCCAUGUUUUGCUUGAAAAAUGAACAACUUCCAGUCUAUAACAUGCC